UUUACGGUACUCGUAUCGCGCGCGUGCCACACGCCUCAGGACUACGAACCCUUCGAAGUAUCGUGGCUAGGAUGUAACUGGUGAAACGCUCCUUAAAACGAUGUCGAUCUUUCACCAAUUUUCCACUAUUUUUUUUCCGUUGUACCUGUUGGUUGAAAUCGACCUAUCGGUUUCAUCGGUCUUUUGAAAUCACGCGUCGAUCCGCGAACAAGUGCCAAAGUUUCGAAAGCAAGUGGACGGCGCUUGAGAAUUUGUGAGUCUUUCGAUAGCUCGGCUGGCUUCGGAGCAAACUGCUUUUUAAUUAAUGUGAGAAAACUGGGAUGAUUUGAAACUUCGGCCUCGUUGGUCCGCCUCCUGUAACGAUCGAUUGUAAUAAUUAAUAAUAAAACUGCUUUCGUUCGUGGCUUACGGAUCGGUGGCUACGAGUAGUUUUGUAAAAUUUUCGAAAGUCAUCGAAAGGCUAAUCAUCGAGGAAACGGAUUUGGGAACAGAAGCACGAUGGUGACCGGAGUUCCGUUGUGGCUGCGUACGAUUUUUCGGAUUCGUGAAAGUGAGAAGGAAAUUAAGAGUGACGUUUGUGCUGAAACCAGUGGCUCGAGAGUUGAUCGUUUAUUUGAUCUUGGGGAUCCUCGUGAUUGCAGUGAUAUGAAAAAUCCAAUUUCAUCGAUGGGGAAUAUAACAGUGAUGCUCGAACGUUUGUUGAUGUUUGUGAAAUACUUUGUGUGUUUAUCUCUCAUCACCUGCGCCGGAUUUCCGGUUUACGCCGCGACAAAUCCAAAAGGUGACAUAAGAGUGGAUGUGAAAGUGCCAAAAGAAUUGGAGCUCGGUGGUUCCGGAAAUUUAACGUGCGAAUGGCGUCUUAUGGGAGGAAAAAACCUCUACUCGGUAAAGUGGUACAAGGACGAUCACGAAUUCUUCCGUUACGUACCAACGAAUCCGGAGAGGAUACAGACAUUCAAACAGCAAGGAGUUCAGCUCGACAAAAAAGCGAUCAGCGAGAAGUCCAUACGGCUUGCUGGUCUCACUCUGAACAGCACGGGCCAAUAUAAAUGCGAGGUUUCUACGGAGGGCCCUUCGUUUGCGACCGAAUACAAAACUGGAAAUCUCACUGUUAUCGCCCUUCCUGAGCGAGGUCCUGAAAUUACGGGUCUUUCGUCUCACUACGCUGUCGGGGAAAACGUGACGGCAAACUGUAGCGCAUGGCCCUCCGUCCCCAAAGCAAAUCUCCACUGGACCAUCAACGGUAAACCGGUGCCUGCAGAAUACACGAUCGUGCAUCCGCCGUGGCAGCCGACAUCGUCCCUGGGUACACCGAACAGUCUGGGCCUGCGGAUGGACGCCGACCCGCGGCAUUUCGAGGGUGGCGACGGCAGUGUCUCAAUACGUUGCGUGUCUUACGUCGGCUCGAAACGUUCAGAAGUAGAAAAAACGGUGCACAUGGCGCACGUCAACAAUCAGAGGCUGAGCGCGGGAGACUUGCGCGGUAGUGGAACCUCCAUAAAAACGGCAGCUCCUUCGAAUCGGAAUCUCCUCGCGAUUGUCCUCGUGAUCCUGAGCUUUGGAGUUUCCACGUGACUGCCAGUGGCAUUCGCUUGAAACGAAAAAUUAACGAUAGUCGCAUCAAGAAAAUUAAAUUUAUCGAAAAAAUCCCCGAAAGUGACGGCCCCGUUGAUCGAGACAUCAGAUUCAGUCGCAUCGAGUCUUCGUUACCCAGAUGGACGUGGCCGAGUAUAAAAAUGCCAAAAAAGUCACCUCCAUGCCGUGUCUCCGUACGUCAGUCUCUCGCUGCUCAUGGCUUUCCGAACGUCCAACAUUCCUCAGGGAGGCCUCGAGUCAUUCAGGAAAAACCCACGGUCGUCGAACGAGCCGGACUUCAUUCAGUAAAAAUUAAAGCCAUCCAAGGGAGCUCACGGUCGUUCGAAAAAACGACAGCCCAGCAGCAUCUAUUUUACGCACUCCCCGAACCCUUCACCGAUUCAACAGCCAAAAAUCUUCACGCCUCAGCGAAUGCCACCGAUAAGCAAAGGAUCCCUCACCGAAUCGAAAAUUUUCAAAAUAAUUGCUCGAUACGAUCGCCUCGCUCGUGUACAGUGGCGAGACAUUUCCCUUUCGAAAUAUCUACCGACAUAAACUCAAUGUCAAUCGACCGAGAACGAUAAUCGCUUAUUUUUCAGUGAACAUUUGUUUUUUUGUUAAUUAAGUUAAUUGGAGGCUGCAUUAAGGGGGCUGAUAGCGAAAAAUCUCAUGGACGAAAUCACGUCGCCGAUAGCCGAAAGCAAAACAGACACUUGAAUGCACGUAAAAAGGGUGGAGCGAUCGAACGAUUCGUAGUGACUCAUUAGCCCAAUAAAAUUGGUCCGUCAAUGCUUUCAUCACGCGCCCAUCGAACGCGAUAAGUACGACUAAUUAAUGCCGAAUUUCAUUACUCGUUUCGAUAAUUCGAGGGAUUAACGAUCGGUAAUACACGCAUUAAAUAAACGGCGGACUAUCACUUUGAAUGAAUUAACCAACAGGAGAUUUAUCUCGCAAAAUCAGAUCCAGCGAAAUCGUUAUCAAUGCCGAAUUAGAACGUCAAACGAGCCGGAGCAAUAAUGCAUUCCGGUAUUGAGCCCUAUCGCUGUUUUAUUCCCCUCUCAAUGAAGCACCUCUGCCAGCAUUGUGCAUCGAGAAACGUAAAAGCUACACUUUCACUAAUCCACCUAAAUUCAGUCCCCAGAAAAUAGCAUUUCGCCUCUUCCAGCGGGAGGGAGAGCGCGCGCGAGGAACAUUCGUUCCGCGCCAGAGUCUCAUCGCAGGAAUACCAAUUUUGCCAUCCUCUAUACUCGAUUAUGUUGCCGAAUUACUCGAUAUUCCCGAUUGUGGAUUCGGCAUAAUUAACGACUUUCCGGUUAAGCGAAACGACUCAUCAACCUUCCGCUCCUUCUCUCUUCGCGAUCGACAUUAACCGUUCCAAUUGAAAGUACUGCAGCAGGCUCUGAUUGCUCAAAACAGUAAUCGAGCCGCGACGCAGUUCGGCCUGGAAAAAUGCUCUGCAGUAACUGCAAAAUGACGGGUUAUGUUGGAAACUCUGCUUUAACACUUUUUUCCACGGUUCACUCAGGCAUGGUUUUUUCUUUCCAAAAACUCUGGCACCUUGCCUGAGGCUUUCUCAGUCCACCUCAGUCGUGAGUUCUGUUUCCAAUGUUUUUCUUAACCUCCAAAUUUGAAAUCGCUGCGACCGAAAAAUCCAUCAAACAAUGCGGUUUUUCGCGAAUCUUCGACGUGCCAAUCGCCACACGAAUUUAUGGUUGCUCCUUAAAAACUUAUAUACAAACAAAUAACGUAUCUUUCGUUCGCUACGUGCUCGGUACAAUUAGCGAACGAGAAUAUCCGAAAUCUGCUCUUGUCCGUUCUGUCCUUUGGGCAACGCACGAUCUCAACCCAUUUCCGGACAACGUGCUCGACCGUAUCGAGCCAACCCGGUAAUUGGCAAAUCCCUAUAAGUUUUGGACGUGACGUACAAUUCGCGUGCAAUCUCCCCCCCACCUCCCUUUCUAUUGGAUCCCCGCACUUGAUGAAUUUCGAUCCUCAUCGCUUCACAUUUGAAGAUUGAUUGGAAACACAGCCUCCAAAAAUACACUGUAUCCGGUUGAAACCGACGAUAAAUUACUGAUUGACCGGACGAUCGGAUAAAAUCGAAUUCCCUGAUCGAGAAAGGCUAACUAAUCACGCAGUGAGGGAAUUAUUUUUCGAAGCAUUGAGCUUGAAAUCAUUCGUCCGAAUGAGCAACUACACUGUUAUAGAGGCGAAUGAAAAUAAAAGAAAAUAAUCAAACUCGAGCGAAAUUAGAGGGGAUGGAUUGCUGGAAAAUAUUCGAUAAAGAGUUUCAGUUCAGGCCACCGAUCCGAAUUACUUCUCAAACGUAAAAUCAAUCCUACCAAAAAUAGCGGCAUCACCAUCAAUUUUAAGGUAUUCCUAUCGCAUGAUCGUAUUUUUCGUGGCGCAAAUUGUGGCACUCAAAAUUUGACUGAUUCCUAACCUAGAAGUUGCCGUUAUGUAGGAAAAGCUUCUGCUUCUCCCGUUUUUCCAACUUCCAUCGUUAAUCCUAUGGAUUCCUUAAAUUUUGUUCAAUCUGUGAGAUAGUUUGUAUCAGGAAUUUAGAAAACGUGAAUUAUUGAACAGAAAUGUGGUGAUGAUGGAAUCUCCAUAAACUCCGGUCGAAAUGUGACGGUUUUUCAAGUUUUCAUUCUUUGUUUAAUGUUCGUUAACCUGACCUGAAAUUUCCUAUUAGCAUGCGCUUUAACUUUACUGCAAUUUGAAUUCAGUUAUUUGUAGGAAUAUUCGUGAAAGGGUUCGGGUUUGUGAAAGGAAUACUUUAACUAAAGAUCCUUUAAUUUUUAUUCGCCAUUCCACUAAAAAUAUCUUAAUUUGUCAAGCCUUUCAAACCCAAAUGAACUGAGAGACUCCCCAGCUCAUUUCCCCGUUCGACGGAAUCGCCCUGAUUCCGUCUGAACCGUUCUACGAAGAGGGGUAAAAACGUAUUUCGCGAGCCUCGAAUCGACAAUUUCAAUAUCGAGUGUUCUUUAUUGUCGCCGGUGUAUACCAAUCGAAUUUAUCUAGUACAACGCAUCUUUGUUAUGAAACUUUCAUAAGCUCAGUGGACGAAGCAUUAUCCGGCAAAAUAAUAUGUUUGUCGUCGUGAGUUUCUAUAUACGUAUAUUCAUGGAAAAUGAAUAACACACCGGUCUCCAUUAAUUUAUCGAUAAACCUCGCCUUUAUGUGUUCGGUCUAUGAUUAAGCAGAGCUGGCAUCGGAGAAGCCACAGGAGCAGCGCGGUGGUAAACUGUGGUCCGCAUAGUUUCUAUCCACGGAUGAAAAUAGAGGAGCGAGAUAAAAAGAGAGAGAGAGAGAGAGAGAGGGCCACGGGCGAUCAAAUUUCGGGAACGGGACUGUAAUAGCGUAAUUGAAGCAUUGGCCGUCCAAAGAGCGAUGUACAUACUAUAUAGGUCAAUAUACCAAUACGUAUACAUAUAUAAAUGAAUACAUAACGAUAAAAUUAAAGCAGCAUGGAUCUGACGAAUCCCCGCGGCUGUUGAUUCGGGAACGCGAGAAAGUAUAGAUAAACGAGGAACAGAGAAAGGGAGAAAGAGCGAGAGGGGGAGAGAGAAAAAAUUAAAUCACAAAAAUCUAUAUAUAGAUAAAUAAUAUAUGCAUAUAAAUAUAUAAAUAUGAAUAUAAAUUUAUGUAUGAGGAAGAGAUGAUUUAGGGGAAUGUGAAAAUAAUUGUAGAGGAGAGGAUGAAAGUAUGGAUGUUGAGAAUUGUGAAUUACGAUGAUACGAGUGAAUUUGAAUAUUAAGGACGAAAGAUCAUCUUCAACGGCCUUCUGUCUUUGCCACAAUAAAGCGUGUUAUUCUCUUCGUAAAUCGUUUGAAAUGUCGAUGGAAAGAUAAACUACUGAUUAUUCCGAUGAUUUUAAUGCUCGAUCGCUGUGUGACAAGCACACACUCAUUCAUUUUAGAUACUUAAGGGACUUUCGCUGCGACUGGCCUCGCUGCACAUAUCACCCAGGUGGCGCUCUCACACCCACGUAUAUAUGCCUAUAAGCACACGCACGUUAUUUCUGUGUAUUUGAUAAAAUAGUUUUUAGGGAUCGAUAAGAUUCGAGAAUUGUUUGUUGGAUUUCAGGUAGAUUUUUUGUCACGUUUGGGUUUGUUGGGUUUACUUUUGCAAGCGAGAAUACAUGCGCAUCGAGAAAGUGAGAAAAUUUUUCUCUCGUACCGUUUGAUCGCACGAUUUACGUACAUUUUUUCGCACGCUUCGAUCACUGCUGGUUGCACGAUGAUAAACGAUGAAAAACGCGAUUUGCGACGGUCUGUGUGUGAUAAUUAUGCGCAACAAUAUCGAAAAAGUAUAAAAACUCCGAGGAGCGUACCAACGGAUGGAAAAACGCGGUGUAAUCCUGUGUACUCGUAGCUAUAAAUGCGCGAGAGUGUCAGUGACGAAUGUCACGUGGGGGGAGUGACGUCGGAGGGGAAAAAACGUGAAAAUAAUCGCGAAGCUAAAAUAGUUUUUAUCUCAAAUGAAAUUAAACGAUAAAAUGUUCUUCGUGAGUAUAAAUAACGUUAAAAUAAUAACGCAGAAAGAGUCGGAGGUUUUUCUCAUCCGGAAUAUAUACUAACUCACCUUAAACAGUACGAAUAACGAUUAUAGUUACGUGUUACUUAUUUUAAACAAAUGAAUUAUAACGGACUCGCAGAUUAGCGAGAAUAUCCGCGAAAGUGAAUUUAAAACGAGAACACCUAAAUAAUAAGUGACGAGAACUAUUUUCACCAACAUUUGUGGCUGGUUCAAAUUCAUACCGUUAAGCAAAUAAAUAUACUUUUUUGUGUAUUAUAUUAUUAAAAUGGGAAAUCGUGUGAUAAAUUCAUCGAGUUCUUACAUAGGCGAGUGAGUGUGCAAGAGAGAAUGAGAGAGAGAGAGAGAGAGAGAGAGAGAGAGAGAGAGAGAGAGAGAGAGAGAUCAACACAAUUCUAAAUUCAUUCAAAAUAUUUGAGCACGUUGUAAAAGUCUAUUAAGUGGGAUAUUAUAUGAACAUGUAAUCAGUAAACGACGUAUAAAUACUGUCACAAAAUAACUCGCAUGCGAAAAGAUACACCUCGAAUAAAACGAGCGAAAUACAGAGCAACAACUAUGUGAGAGAAAACACACCACGUAAAUGUACAUAGAAAUAAAUCGAAAAAUAAUUAUAAAUAUACAUAAACGUGUCUGCGUUAAUAUUAAAUCCACAAGUAUACGCGCACGGAGAUGACAUGUACGCGUAUGCCUGUGUAUUUGUAUCGCAAUAAUAUCGACGAAGGAAUUUUAUGGUGCUUUGUGUUAUCACACAAGGAGAAUAUUUCGUUCGACCCAAACUUCCGUUACGAAGCGAUCCUUUAUAGAAAUUAAACGAAAUGCGGUUGCUCGAAUGAAUUUUCUUUCCGUCGAACACGAAUAAUGUCCCGAAGCACACGUGUACAGCCUAAAAUAAAUCAAAUAAACGAAUAAACAAGAUGAUAUGUCAAAA